CAGAACCAGAUCACGGAACAAAGAAAGUCUUGCUGAGAAGUGGAGGAAGCCGAUAAGCUCCUCUCCCUGGGGGUUGUCAUCCGCUUCUACAGAGAAGAGCCCGUUCCGGGAGAGAACUAGCGAGGCUCUCCCUGUUCCCGACCCGUAUAGGCUCCUGUGAGAGGCAGAUGGCUCUUUCCCGGGUAGCGAGCUUGGGUUUGGGAUAAUUUGACGGUUGAGCGCGCAGCGAGCUUCCCUUGUGAUGCUCUUCUCUCUCUAAGAUGACUUUUCCUCUUCGCCUACUUUGACCGGCAGUUCGGGAGGAAUUCGAUCUGUACCCCCGGGUGGCAGCUCCAGCAGAAGUGCGGGUGAUCCUCCUGAAUGCUUGUGUGCUGUUUAUCAAGCUCGAGAGAUGCCUUUUAUACCUAUGGAGAAGUUUCCUGAAGGGGGCUGGUGUUUGGCUCUACCGGUAAUCUGAGAGGGAGAAACUCUUUCCGCCUCGGAUUCCUGCUCAGGCGGCUGGUUUCCUGAGUUUGGGUGCAUGCAGGCCAGUUUGGCAAGGCUCUUCACUCAUCAUGGCCUUUACUUUUGCUGCCUUCUGCUAUAUGCUUUCCUUAGUGCUAUGUGCUGCCCUCAUCUUCUUCGCUAUCUGGCAUAUAAUUGCAUUUGAUGAAUUAAAGACAGACUUCAAGAGCCCCAUAGACCAGUGUAAUCCAGCACAUGCGAGAGAGCGAUUGAGAAAUAUUGAACGGAUCUGCUUUCUUCUGAGAAAGCUAGUAUUGCCAGAAUAUUCCAUCCAUAGCCUUUUCUGUAUAAUGUUUCUGUGUGCUCAAGAAUGGCUGACCCUUGGCUUGAAUAUCCCUCUACUUUUCUAUCAUUUUUGGAGGUAUUUCCAUUGUCCAGCAGACAGUUCUGAGUUAGCAUAUGACCCACCUGCAGUAAUGAAUGCAGAUACCUUAAUCUACUGUCAAAGAGAGGCCUGGUGCAAAUUAGCUUUCUAUCUCCUCUCAUUCUUCUAUUAUCUUUACUGCAUGAUCUAUGCUUUAGUGACUUCCUAACUCAAAGAUCAUCAUUAAAGACUGGAAACAGAAAAGGAUGCAGAAUAAAGACAGUCUACAGUUAUGCUUGGCACCUAAGAUGCGGCGAGGAGAUGGAGGCUUUGAAUCCAACAGCUGUACAGGAUGUAAAAGGAAAAUUCCUUGGGAAUAACAGUUAACUGGAGUAACAUGGAGGUGAUAGACUGCUGAGUAAACUAUUUCUCUCUCUUACCUCUUUGUAUUUUCCAGCUUGGGUUUUUGAGUUCCCAGUGCAAACUAAACACUAUCUUACCAAGGCAGCCAUAUAUAAGGAUAAUUUUAUCUGCAUGUGAUGGGAGCAAAUGUUUGUAUGCCCAUUCUUCCCUGAGAGGCUGGGAAUCAAAAUGGCUUCCUACAGAAACUGUGGCCAAGGAAACUUGUUCAUAGGGAUUUCUAACCCUCUGUUUCUACAGCACAAAUAUCUGGUGGAGAAAUUUGUGCAAUUACUCUCAUGAUGCAUAUAACUUUGAGUAAGAAGAGAAGUGUUGCAGCUUGACAGAAACAUUCAAAACAAACUCCCAGUUAUUCCUAUGAUUGGCUCUUGCAUUACAUUAUGGUUGACAUUAGCAUGUUCUUGCUGUGCUGAACUAAUUCACAUGAGGUGCAAUAAAAUAGUACUAGCGCAUUGCAUAUGAUGGCGUACUUAGGUCAAGCAUCCUGUAGUAUAACCUUCCUCCCACUGGAGGAAAUACAUGCAUAUGAAGGAAUAAUGUAACAGAAUAUUCUAUAACCUAAAUACAAACUGUAAAGGACCACAUUACUUUGGUCUGCAGUCUUGUCAUGUGGCUUCAGUUGUAUAUGAUUCAAUUGAGUCUAAGGUUAAUGGGGCUGUUCAAUUAUUUUUUUGUAUAGUAAAUGGAUGUUGUAGAACAUAGUAAUAAAUUGUGAUUUUUAAAAAUAUAAUGCAAGUUUUACAUGUUCUUUGGAGAUAUGUUUCUGGAAGGGUUAGCAAAGGUGAACUUUAUAUACCUAUUGUGCAUUUAUAUACACACAUUAUCUUGUUUAGAUACAUACAUUGUUUAUAGUUUCAAAGGGUAGCCAUGUUGGUCUACAGUGGAAGAGCUAGAUUUGAGUCCCUCACAAAGAAAGCUUUAAUUCUUGAAAGCUUAUACCUUGAAAGUCUUGUUGGUCUCUAAGGUGCUAUUGGACACCAAUUGAAAACAUUUUGUAUGUGUAUCUGAAAUUGGUCGGUUUAUUUUAAUAUUUUCAGGUGGUGGAUUUUACAAAGCCCUUUGUAAUACUUUUAAAAAGUAUAAAGUGUAAAUUAAUUUCCCAUAUUUCUUCCUCUUUCCUUAGGUGCUAUCACCAGUGUGAUCCUAACUGAAAGACUCAGCAGGCAUAUUGGGCCAGCAGGAAGGAGAUACCAAUUCCUCACUAGCAGUUGCUCUGCCCCUGGGCUUCUGCUAUCCUUGGAGCAAGUGACCAAUUUCCCACUAGCUGCUGCGCAGCUGCAUUUUGACUCACGGCUCCUUCCAAUUCCCCCCACUGUGACUUGGUCUUGUUUUAUGGAAAUUGGAGGGAGCCGUGAGUCAAGAUGCGGCUGCACAGCAGCUAGUGGGGAAUCAGUCACUUGCUCCAAGGAAAGCAGAAGCCUGGCAGCAGAGUGACUGCUGGUGAGGAAUCAGUAAGAGACUACAAUAAACACAUUGGUGUUUCUGAAAGUCUCUCUCCACAAGACUGCAGUCCUCAGAACACUCUCCUGAGAGUACAUCUCAAUGAAUAAAAUGGGACUUAUUUGUCUACUUAUCAUUGUUCUCUGAGGUUGCACUCCUGUGUACACUUAUUUAUGAGCAAAAGCCACUGAAUAUAGCAAGACUUUUCCAAAACAAAAAUACGUCAUCUGCAUGGCUAAAUUUCAGUGGGCAAAUAAUGAGUUCACUGCUGGUCAUCUGUGGAUCAGUUUUAGCUCACAGAUCAUACCACUUCUUUGCCAGUGUCAUAAGAUCAGAGAAACUCUGAGUAGAUCCUAAAUAUACAUUGUAUAUACUUCUGUCUAUCCAUCCUUUUAUCUCACUGAGGUUGCAUACCCAAGAGACUGGCUUUAAUCAGAAAAUAAUUUUGUUCAAAAUUGACUGAUUGAAUUCAAUCAAUUGGUUUCCAGAUCUAGUCAAUGAAGAACUAGUUCAUGUGUUAUGGCUGCUGCAUGGAGAUCUACAACUGUCACUAAGGGAAUUAUUGUAUUUGCAUAUUAGUGAAUUGGUGUAUGUGUUGCAUAUGGACAAAUUUUUUUUUUUCAUUUGGACUGAUUCUUCUCCGGCAGUUGCUCUGCCCCCAGGCUUCUGCUUAAGCCGGCUCAAGCAAUCGAUUCCCUACCAGUUGCUGCGUGGGUGCCUUUUGAUCUGUGGCUACCUCCCAUUCCCCUUGCAUUGACUGGGUCUGUUUUUUUGGUGAUCCAGUCACCACAAGGGGAAUGGGAGGUAGCCACAGAUCAAAAGGCACCCAUGCAGCAACUGGCUGGGAAUUGAUCGCUUAAGCCAACUCAAGCAGAAGCCCAGGGAUGGAGCAACUGCAAGUGAGAAAUCAGUCAUGGUGAAAAUUGCCCACUACUUAUACAAGUUGCAGCAAGUGAAUAUAGCAGGGAUGGUUUACAAAAAUUUGACAAUUACACAGAUGCUGUUUUCUGCUUGAAUGUCCUGUGGUGUAUGCAAGGUUAAUACAAAUUGCUAAAACAUGUUAUAGAUUGUAUCAAUGUUGUGUGUGUUUAAAAAAAACAAAAACAAAGCAUUUGGCAUACCUCAUUGAAUGGAGAUGGAGAUGUUGCAACAUAUCAAGUAUUUAUGAAUGGUUGAAAUCUUGGCAAUGGAUGUUGGGCCAGAAACCAAGAUGAGAUUUAAGAAUAGGUUCUAUAUGAGUUAUGCAGUUCUCUAAUUUGUUAUAAUGAGUUUGCACUUCUUCUUGAGAUCAUAAUAGAAACAAUUUCCUUGUCAUUUGUCAACAACACUGUUUAAUUAAAAAAGCAUUAUUAUGAAUAA